UUCGUUCUUGAUUCGAGCUCAAUCGAUUCUUCGAUUGAGUCGUUAGCUGCGUGACUUUGAUAACAUACACCCCCCCAGGGGCGUAUCAAGUGGUAUCAGAGCCUGGUUCUACACAAGGGCAAAGGAGAAGAAGAACCUGCUGUUUCGUAUAAGCAGUUUUACCGAGUUCCAAAACAGGGCAGCCCCUGUUUGUACUUUGCAGCUGCUGUUUGUGUUUGAAGUUUUCGAUUCUACACCAACAGAUGGUGGAGAGCAGUGUAAAGGCAAGGAAGACGCAAAUUCGUGUCCAAGAGGAGCAGCCAGCAGUCGUUUUUAAGCAUCGAGAAUCCGAUGAGCAGCGUGAUAAUCUAUUUCACAGCCGAUGCUUUGUCGAAGGCAAGUUAAUUUCAUUCGUGAUCAACGGAGGUUGCUGCUCAAACAUCAUCAGCCUAUACGCCGUUCAAAAGCUUGGAUUGAUGACACAAAGGCAUCCAGCGCCUUACCAACUCAGUUGGAUCAACGAGCACGGAACAAUUAAUGUGACGAAGCAAGCGGUGGUUCGUUUUCAACUCGGCAGCUACGACGAUGAGGUAAUUUGUGAUGUUGUGUCAAUGAAUUAUGUUCACCUAAUACUGGGUCGACCUUGGCAAUUCGACAGAGGGGUUACCCAUAAUGGUUGGGAGAAUUCCUACACAUUCAGAUACAAAGGUAGGAAAAUCAAGCUGAAACCUCUUUCUCCAGACGACGUUUACACUGAUCAGAAGCAAAUAGAGGAGAAUCAAAACGAGGGGAAGGAGCCUCGGGCUCAAUUGUGGAUUCAACGACGUAUUGGCUUCAAUUUCCUGAGCUUUCGAAAGCUCGAGAGGGAAUUUCCCACGCCAGAAACAACAGCCAGCAACGACCUCUACUUUUCCGAUGUGAAACAGAGUUCCUCCUUCGGAAGUCCUGCCGACGUUGUAGAAGCAAAGCCGGCGCACGAUGCGGCCUUAAACGCGUCCGUGGAUGUUGACGGAGGGAUGAGAGAGCAAGGAGAAGUCCCGAAGCUGAAAAACGACGCGAAAUUCUCGCUAGUGAGGAGAGCAGAGUUCCCCGACUCUGUUUUUUCUUCGGAAAAACAGAGCGUCCUGACGGCCCUAUUGGCUGGCGCGACCGGUGACAAUUCGAAGUCGUCCCUCGGUGCCAAAACGCUUAAUCCGAUCCCCAUAAAGUCAAAAGGUGCUUCAUUGGAGACGAUCUCACUUGAGACUCAAGAAUCAAAUUGCGCAAAAGUCCCUCUGUUUGUGAAGAACACUGCCGAACAGAACCCUCUCGUGGGUAGCGCCAUCCAGCUCAAAUCGAGCCAAACCAAUGGUGAAGAACCGUCAAAGGAUGUACGAGGAACGUGUGGAAUGCAUCAAUUCGUCUCGAAGAUGCCUGGGAUUAAAACCCCCAAUUUCUAUUUGGCUUUUCUGGGUUGCGAAAAUUCGAAUUUCGGCGACGGCGGGAAUGGAGAACUCGAGGAAUUGCAGACACUGGUGAUGAAUCGAUGUUGUAGAAGGGAUCAAAAUUGCUAUUGGAGGCCUGGAGAAGACGUUGUAGUCGAUGAAUUGGAUUGGAGAAGCUGUAAUCGAAAACCCCCAAAUUGUUCGAGCAAGAACAUGUACAAAGGUGGCGUUCGACGACCUGGAGCUUGUUCGUAUCGAAUUCCAGAGAAAUUGAACAAAGAGGGCGGUUUGUUUCGAGCCCAGGAAGAGUGUUUAGUCGUUGAAUUAGACUGUGGGUCCUUGAAACUAAAAUCCCCAAUUUCGCCGAACGGGUUGAAGUUCGUAGUAACUAUCCGACGAACUAGGAGUUGCUCCGAUCAGUUUCAGGCAAAAUUGGUUAUCAAUAGAGGUCUAUUACAACUCCAGCCAACAUUUCCAACAACACUUCUACCGUCAAUCCCUCUGAAACAGAUUGAAGGUGAGUAUGGAACUGAAAUGUUUGCGUCGAAAAUGAUGUUUGAGAAGCCUUCUUUUGAUCCGAUUUGGGAUCAAUUCUCUGAACGGUUUGAGCAAAGAAAGGCUAAAGUGUUGAGGGCAACACUUUUUCAAGAGGGAGGGCCUGAUAUGAUCCCAAAUUGCCGACAAUUCACGUCACAAUUACUUAACAAAGAAGCUAUCAAAGUUGGGAAGAAGAAAGGCAGAAUUUGGCUAAGUCAAAAUCCGUGUUCAGGGUACAUACUUUGUAACCUUUUUAGAGUAGACUUUUACCUUAUUUGUUUCCUUGUUCAUCUAGGUUUGUAUUAGGUUUAUUUGCCUUUAAAUACUCUUCUAUUUACAUUGUAAUGGGAGACUUUGAUUAAUCGAAAAACAAACCUUUGGUUUUGUGCAAGUUGCGACUUGUUUGAGUUUGGUGGAUUCCAAGCUUGUGAGCUUGUGUAUCGAUUGAAUAUUCACUUCAAUCAUGGUCGAGCAUCUACCCUUUUAUACCAUACGAGCUUUCCCCAGGUGUGGAAUUGUCCGUUGGUUCCGUUUUAUCCAAGUUCGUAUUAAGAACGCUUCGUUCUUGAUUCGAGCUCAAUCGAUUCUUCGAUUGAGUCGUUAGCUGCGUUACUUUGAUAACAUACACCCCCCCAGGGGCGUAUCAGUGGCAAGGGCUUUGAUUUGAAGAUCCAUCUUGGAGCAUGAUUUCUCAGUGUCUCGAGCAAACUGCUCCACGAGAAGCCUUAAUUGUUCGUUCGGAUCCUCCAUUGAAGUGUAGCAUGGCUCUUCAGAGUGGCCCGUGAAGGCCGCCAUGGGUAACUCCAGCUCCGAUGGCCCUUCUGGUUGUGGGAGAAAGUCUUCUUGGUAAUGAGGUUGUUCUUGAUAUGCCCAGGGGUCUGAUUGUUCUCCAUAGUAAGGGGGUUGGUACUGGAACCCGAAUCCAUAGUCUUCUCCUCCUUGAUUGCUGUAGGGAGUCGCGGGGUAAUACCACCCGGAUGGUGGUGGAUACCCCCAAUGAUUGGAAAAGCCAUUAGGAUCCAUGAUUCAGAUCUGCACCAACAAAAACAAAAACACCCAAGUGAAAAGCAAAGGUGGAAAAGAAAAGAAAAGAAAAACGCUGAAGUAACAAACUUCUGCCUUUCCUAAUACUCUAGAAAGUCCCCGGCAACGGCGCCAAAAACUUGAUGCUCUAAAACACAACACCUAACAAUGGCCAAGUGUAACCAAUUAAAGGGACUGCAGUAUAGUGGCACAAGUAAUAAAUAUCGAAUCCACGGGUCUCUAGAGUUACUAUUACUCAGCUUCAGUUCAUUAUCUAGCAAACUAGAUUAAGGAUUGAUUAACUAAACUACUCUACUAACUAAACUAAGUAAAACUACUAAUUACAGUUUGGGAAGUCACUUAGGUAUGAUUCCCCCUAGCUCCUCAAUUAGGUCCAAGUUGUAAUUCCUUUUGGUUGAUUUACUGUUGAUUAAACUGCAGAAGAUCCGACAGUAGCUUGGAAUCUCUUAAGCUGACCAAGCCCUCUCAGUCUAACUAUCCGGCAGACGACUAGUCUUCACCGGGAUAGAAAGCUGAAGCAAUAAGCACAGAACUCCACUACUGGAAUUGGAUUCCAGUACAAAGCAGUAAACUGGCUAACUCUCGUAUAGCCAAUCUCCUACUACCGAAUGAUGAGACUCUAGCAACCUAAUCAGAUUCUAUCUAUCUCAGAUUGCAGCAGGAAUCAGGAAAAGUUGAUCAGACUUCAAUUGACUCAAUAAACAUGCAUCAUUCGAUUAUAAUCAAACAAUAUAGCAUCCAAAACUUCAUACAAGAAAGAUCCUAACUCAUGGAACUAAGGUUCCUCAAAACCUAAGUGAAGGGAAGUUACUCCAUAGAGAAGAGAGAGACUGCAGAAAUCUGAUCUAGAUCUUCAAUCUCCAUCUCCAAGCUUGAUUCCCGAGCUCCAACAGCAAUUCCCGACUCACACGGCCAGGCCACACGGCCGUGUGGCUUUCCCCGCUGCCCGUGUGAAGGCUCGGUGAUUUCCACACGGCCACAUGGCCAGGUCACACGGCCGUGUGGGUUGUGCCCGUGUUGCUUGCUCAACCUCUGUUUAAUGCUUCGUUUCUCCCUCGUCCGGACUCCGAAUCAGUCGCCGUUUGAUCCCAGACGCUCGUAGUCUCGUCCUCUUUCUAUUCUUGACAAUCUUGCAUGAUUCUUUGUCCAUAAAGUGAGGUAGAAAUC